AUGUGUCUGGUGUGAACACGAACGAGAGAAUGAUGCUGGAAUUCAAAUCAGUGAAAUUACCUCUGUUACUGACAUUGAUGCUUCAAUUUACAGCAGAAACUCAAAGACCCAUCAUCAGCGUCAGAGUUGGACAUGACGUCACUUUACCUUGUAAAGAUGCAAAAGACCUUCCGGAUAAUUGUUUCAGUACCACCUGGCUCUACACUGAUUCAAAGAAAUCAGUGACACUGUUUGAAUACGGGACGGUUCACAAAGACGCUGGAGUUAAAUCAGUCAGACUGAGAGUUAAGAAGAACUGUUUCCUGGUUUUAGAGAAAGUCACAGCAGAAGAUGAAGGUCUUUAUACCUGCAGACAGUUCAGAUCAGGAAAACAAGUCACAGACUCUGGCGUUCAACUGUCUGUAAGGAACGAAACAAAAACAAAAACUAAAAAGAAGACAGAGAAAACUCCAUCAUCAUCUGCAGCUCCAACGAUGUCAUCAUCAACCACAGCAAAACAUGGCACAACUACAGCUGGGAUACCGCUGGUCGUCAGUGCUGUUGUUGUAACAGCAGUGAUAAUAGUUGUUGUGACGGUGAUCAAAUGGAAGAAAAUGAACGAGAGGAAAAGGCAGAUGGAUCACAACAACGGUAGAACUGCUGAUGCUGAAGUGAUCUACAGCACCAUUGGACCUCACCCCUCUCCUGCUGCAGGCUCCGAUGAUCCAAACCACCUAUACUCUCAGAUUCAAUAUAUAUAAACGGAUAAGAGGAAAUCAUUUUUCAGAGUUUCUUCUGCUAACAGGUUAUUAGUGACGGUCCUAUGUCCAUUUCAGUCUCUGGCCACUUGGGUACACCUGGUAUAUCUGCAGCAGCUGGAACUAAUGCAGUGUCCAGUGGAUGUACCAUAUGUCUUUGUCUGUUACACCACUGGAAAAUGUUAAUUUAUUAUUAUUAUCAUAAUUAUUAUUUCUAAUUGUUUUAUGAAUGAACACAAGGAAUGGACGCAAUUGUUUGUUUUGUUAAAACAUACUGUAAAUAAAAAAUGACAAUGCAUGUAAUGAAAUGAAAUGAUAAAAUCAUCCUGAAUAAUUCUUUCUACUGCUAAUUUCCCUCUAAGUGCUUUUUUGUUUAGUAAUAGUAACAACGGCUUUCUGACAUGUAAUAAGUCAGUUUUAGUCGUGUCAGAAGUAAACGUAUCAGAUGUGACCGUAUGUUUGUAGUAGUGGUAAGCUUCCUUUGCUGUGGCGUCCUUUUGGUAGACGCGGUCCCGGUUGACUGGGCGUGGCAAUAAUGUCUUUUCGAGCACCGGGACAGUGGUACGGAUUUGUCGUCCCGUCAUGAGCUGAGCAGGGUGUAAUGGGAAAUUUUGGUACAACAUACAUUUUGUCUUGUAUGCUUUAAGACUAAUGCACAAUCCUGUUUUCAAGUGAACAUUCCUGUGCUGACAAUUUAUGUGGCCUUAUCAGGGGCAGGAAGAAAUAUCCACACAGAGCAGGCCCGAGGCUAAGCUCCUUUCACACCGUGCCUGUGGAAAGUGGAGCCAGGCAUGAUGUCAGGGUGCCAUAUUUUGUCUUUUGUUUUAAGCCUGCUGAAACUAUAAGAUAGCGUGUCUCUAAACAUCUUCAGCUCACUCAGGACUGACUGCUCAUCUGAUCAGUUGUACUGUGUGACUCCAUUCAUGAAUGCUUUUAUUAAA